UCGUUCCCUUUAAUUAUGGGCUACCGCGGACUGCGGGGUGGGGACGGGAGCGGGCGGAGUCGGCGUCGCCCUCACGCCCCCAAAGCUGUUCUGGAGGGAGAUAAAGAGGACAGGGUUCGGCCACGACUUCCUGCAGCGCCUCUGGUGCGCGGAGCUGGGUGUGCCGGGGGACGAUGUCGGCCAAGAGCCUCUCCCAAGGCAGUGCGCCCCCGGGCCCAGUUCCGGAUGGAGUGUUGCGCGUCUACAGUAUGCGCUUCUGCCCGUUCGCCCAGAGGACGCUGCUGGUCUUGAACGCCAAGGGGAUCCGGCACGAAGUCAUCAAUAUCAACCUGAAAAGUAAACCCGACUGGUUCUUUGAAAAGAAUCCCUUUGGCCUGGUCCCGGUGCUAGAGAACAGCCAGGGUCAGCUGAUUCGGGAAUCUGUCAUCACGUGUGAGUACCUGGAUGAAGCGUAUCCUGGGAAGAAGCUGCUGCCAGCUGACCCUUAUGAGAAAGCGUGCCAAAAGAUGAUCUUUGAGCUAUUUUCUAAGGUGUCGUCUUUGACAACGAGCAUUUUUAGACUACAGCAAGCUAAAGAAGACUGCUCUGGUGCAAAAGAAGAAUUAAAGAAAGAACUGAAAGUGUUAGAUGAGGUUCUGACUAAGAAGAAGACGACCUUCUUUGGUGGCAAUUCUAUUGGUCUGGUUGAUUACCUCAUCUGGCCCUGGUUUGAACGGAUGGAAUUACAGGAGCUAACUGAGUGGGCAGCUGCAACUCCAAAACUCAAGCUCUGGAUGGCAGCCAUGAAGACAGACCCCGCAGUUAAAGCCCUCCUAAUGGAUGUGAAGCAUUAUAAGAAUUUCUUAAAACUUUACUUACAGAACAGCCCGGAAGCCUGUGACAGUGGGCUCUGAGGGGCAGAGUCAGCAGUGAAGUUCUGCUGUACUCCUUUGCUGAUAUUAAAAUUAAUAUGCCUUCAUGUUCUCAAGCA